AUGCCUCAGAGGGUGGCGAAGAUCAACUCGUCGCCUUCGUCUCCCCGCCGAUCGUCGCCUGACCGGCGAGCGCCCGUCGCGCGAGACGCUGGGGUCUCUUUGCUGGACUCCCAUGGAGCGACUUCGCUCCGCGGCGAAGCGCCACCAGGCGGCUCGGCACCCCCGCUAGGCGGACCGCCGCCGUCUUCGUCGAACUCAAACUCGGCUCCGCGGGAAGGUGCCGUGUUUGUGCCGCUCUCGGCCCCGUCCGCGCCAUCGCCCAACCACGCCGUGCAAGGCUCAUCGCUGAGUCUCGGGGCGUCUGUGGCGACGCGCGCUGUAGGAUCCACGGCUUCUGAUGACAGUCGAAGUCUGGCGUCUCGCCCCGAGCUGAGUUCGUCCAGUUUCGCCGGGGGCAGCCUAGGAAGCGUCUCUCCGGGGGGUUCCACGGCCUCGUGCGGGAGUGCCUCGCGGCGCGAGCUCUCGCCCCAGACCGCGCUCGCCGGUUACGUCGUGUCGAUGGGCACUCAGCCACAUCAUCAGCUCCUUCCACAGCACCCGCUGCCGCAGCAACUCGCCCAAGCCCCCUCGGCUCAAUCGCAUCCCCACGGCGCAAGCUCGUCUGUAGCGGCGACCGAAGGCUCGCCACCCAGCAGCCCGCGCAGCACCUUCUCGUCAGUCCACUCGUUUGGUCAACACGAACCCGUAGCCCUUCCCCCCCCUUCGGGCCUCCACACUCUCGGCGGCGAGUCUGCAGCGGGACCCGCUCGCAUCGCGGGCUGUCUGGGGGGCGGCGCCACCCCGAGCCUGGGCAGCUGCUGUCUCGGCGCAGCCGCCGGCGCAGACGCGUCGCGGGCAUUCUGCGAUGCCCACGGCGUCCUGACCUCCUCUCCAGGAGUAUGCGGGAGAGGAGUGGGCUCUGGGCGCUCGCCGGCGGCUGGCGACAUCGCGGCGUUGAACGGCGAAGGGAGUGCCGCGGACUAUGUCUCCUUGCUGUCCAGCGGCGCAUUCGAGGUCGCGGUUCAGUCUCCAGAUAUGUCUUUCAACUGCAGUCACUUCGUGGCUUACCGCGGCUACCGCGAGCGGCUCCACGGCCACAACUACGCCGUCGCCGUGAGGCUCGGCGGAGCUGUAGGACCGGACGGCUACGUUCUUGACUUUGGAGAGAUCAAACGCAAUGUCAGAGAAAUCUGCAAGUCACUGAACGAAUACUUGAUCGUGCCGAUGCGCAGCGAUGUGCUGGACAUCACCCAAGAGGGCCAGUCGAUGAUUAUUAGGUGCGAAGACGGAGCUGAAUUCAAGAUUCCUUGCUCGGACUGCCAGUGCCUUCCCCUGGUCCACUCAAGCACGGAGGAGAUCUGCUGCUACCUCUGGCAACUCGUGAUCGAUAAGGUGACCUUGGCGGUCCUAAAGAAACGUGGAGUGAAGUGGCUGGAGGUCACCGUGUCGGAAACACCGCUUCAGAAGGCGAGUUUCCGGAGAGAAAUUCAGCCGAUGUGGAGCAUGAGCUGA